CACGUGUUUCAUUUCGCGUACUUUCGGACGGCGGUUGAUAUUCGCGUCAUGUGCACAAAAUUGUGAUUUCGGACCCUAAACAAAAUGGAACACCGUGAACCUAUUUCGUCAAACAAAAACAAUUUUCGGCAAAAAUUCUUGUAAACCGCAAAACUAAACGCAGUUCAAACUAGGUUCUUUUAUUCGGUUCCUUGAUUUGUUCGUUUAUUAUUUUCAUCACAAACUAAUGCAGUUAAAACGGUUUAAGUUUAUUAUAUUUGAGUUCUUUUCGUUUCCAAUGAAACUAUAACACACUCGAAGAAACUGUAAACCGACAGACGGAUAGAAGUAAAGAGAACGAAGCAGAAGUAAGAUGGCGCUUGCAUCUUCUGUGAGCCUGUACUACUCAAUCGUGCAGCGGGCGGCGAGGCACUACCUAGAAGAUUAUUGUCACACAGAUACGACAGCGCCUUAUGUGUUGUAUAAGGAUGGAGUGGAACGCGCUCCGCCUGGUACGCAAUGGGGCGGCGCUGUUUUGGACGGAGGCUACCAAGCCAUGCAACAUCAGAGCCCUGGCGGACCUUCACCACAACCCGAGCCACAACUCGCCUCUCCAGCCCCUUCACCCUAUCCUCCCGCACCACCGCCACCAGAUCAAUCAGCGGACGAGGCAGCUCAGCAACUGGCCCAGCAACAAGCUCAACAACAGGCUCAACAACAAGCUCAACAACAACAAACAUCGCCAGAUCAUUUGCAAGUAGAUCAACAGCUGCAAAAUCAACCGCAACCAACGGCGCAAGAUCAUCUUGACAGAACUCCUUGCUUCGUUCCACAACCGGACUUACAACAACAAUACGCUACGCCCUACUUCAAAGAAACGAGACCGACUAGUCACAUGCUUGGAACCGGUGGAUUUCCGCUACAUUACUUAAAACAAAAUGGCGGAGUUCUUUCACUAGAGGGCCCGCUGGAUCAGUAUGCAACUCCAGACUUACGGCAUUUACCAGACAUCGUACAACCCGAGCCACCCAAGCCUCGAAAACACAAUCCCAACUCUGAACUUCGCCUUUUCAAGUGCCUGACCUGCGGCAAAGACUUCAAGCAAAAAUCUACAUUGCUACAGCACGAGCGCAUCCACACGGACUCGAGACCUUAUGGUUGCCCGGAGUGCGGCAAGCGGUUUCGCCAGCAGUCCCACCUGACGCAGCAUCUGCGCAUCCACGCGAACGAGAAACCGUACGCGUGUGUGUACUGCCCGCGCUCGUUCCGGCAGCGCGCCAUCCUCAACCAGCACCUGCGCAUCCAUUCCGACGUUUCACCGCACCUAAUCUUCAAGAACGGGACGACGCCGACGUUGUGGCCUCAAGAUGUGCCGUUCCCUCCCGAUGAAAACAAGGAGGAAGUGCAGUCGACCUAUGGAGACACGGAUGGGCAGAAUGGUGAACAACGUGGAUCUUGCUUCUCACCAGGUGAUACGGCACAGUACCCCGCUUACUUCAAAGAUACUAAGGGUCUUAACCAUGCCGUCUUCGGUUCUAGUCUUUCACUUCAGUAUCUGAAAGGUGGAAAACUACCGGAUGUACUAGGCGGACGAGCAAUGCCUCUUUAUGUGCGCUGUCCAAUUUGCCAAAAAGAAUUCAAACAAAAGUCAACAUUACUGCAACAUGGCUGCAUACAUAUAGAAUCACGGCCAUACCCAUGUCCAGAGUGUGGUAAGCGUUUUCGUCAGCAGUCACAUCUAACACAACAUCUGCGCAUUCACACAAAUGAAAAGCCAUAUGGGUGUGUUUAUUGUCCUCGAUUUUUCCGGCAACGGACGAUAUUGAAUCAACAUCUCCGCAUACAUACAGGAGAGAAGCCGUACAAAUGUACGCAGUGUGGAAAAGAUUUCAGGCAAAAGGCGAUACUCGACCAGCACACACGCACCCACCAGGGCGAUCGACCAUUCUGUUGCCCAAUGCCCAACUGCCGGCGUCGGUUCGCUACGGAACCGGAAGUCAAAAAACACAUUGAUAACCACAUGAACCCGCAUGCGGCGAAGGCGCGACGGGCCGAUGCAAAGACUCCGAGACCGCUGCCACCCGCGGCGGCUGUCGUGAAACCGGAGUUGUACUUCCCGCAGUGCUACGCACCGCCGUUCCAGCAGUUCCCUGCGACAAGCGCUGCCGAGUUCAAGCCGGCUGUAGGUCCGGGCUCGGCCGUAGCUUGCCUGCCCGCGCAGUGA